UUGGAGCACUGGCACAGUAAAGCUUGCAAAUGUGAUUGUCAAGGAAGUGCCAACUCAGUAUGGGCCACCGGAACCAACAGCUUAGUGUGCAUGCCAGAGUGUCCCUAUCAUAAACCCCUUGGGUUUGAGUCAGGAGCGCUUCCUUCCGACCAGAUAAGCUGCUCCAAUUCAGAGCAGUACACCGGAUGGUAUACUUCAUGGACUGCAAACAAGGCCCGACUUAAUGGCCAGGGUUUUGGGUGUGCGUGGCUCUCCAAAUUUCAAGACAAUGGGCAGUGGCUGCAGAUUGACAUGAAAGAGGUCAAAGUUAUCUCCGGGAUACUCACACAGGGGCGCUGUGAUGCAGAUGAGUGGAUGACAAAAUAUAGCGUGCAGUACAGGACUGAUGAGAAUCUGAAUUGGAUUUAUUACAAGGACCAGACAGGAAACAACCGGGUUUUCUAUGGAAACUCAGACAGAUCAUCCAUUGUCCAGAAUCUCCUGCGCCCUCCGAUUGUUUCCCGCUACAUCCGAUUAAUACCGCUAGGCUGGCAUGUACGCAUUGCCAUCAGGAUGGAGCUGCUGGAGUGCAUGAGUAAAUGUGCUUAAAGUCCAACCAUGUGUGGUUUUCAAAGGGGUGCGAGGAGAGUCCCUAGCAAAAUGUAGAAAGACAAUAAACACAAUGAUGAGGGUAGCAAAGAUGGGCUCGAUUUUGCCAUAAAAACUCGCAGCCUGCACAAUAGGGCUGCCCAAGGAUGGAAGCCAGAGCAGAAUCUGGCCCCAGUUAGUUUUGUUGAAACUGAUCUCAGGAGCUGAGCUGUGUGGAGAGCCCCAGUUUUGUGGCUUGAAAUUGUCACAGUGAAAACACAGGUUUGGGGCAAUUUCAUCUGCUCUUAGCAAAGCAGGAAAAUGUUAAACCUGCUGCCCUCAUUCCAGAGGUCAGAAGAAAACAUUUACCAAAAAAUCUCCCCCCCUCAAGACCAGUAUUUUUUCACAAGGGCUGCAGUGUGUCCUCACCUUCCACUGAUGCCAAUGGGACUUGCAUCUGGGAACUGAAGUCCAGCAAAGACGUAAUUAGAUUUUUAAAAAACCUUUGCAUAUGAUUU